AUGUUGAAAAGAGCGCACAGCCAACAUUCUCAUCCUGCUCCUGAAAUCAGCCAUAAUGAAAUGGAUGACAAAUUGCUGAACAAGGACACUCAUCUGCAUGUGGGGGUGAUUUUGAUCGAAUUUUCUGCUUGUUUGCAUCACCUCCAUGAUGAAAAUUUGGAAAUUGUGGAUGAGAUUCGGAGAUUGGAAUUGAAAUUGAAAAGGAAAUUUUCAUUGCAACAAGAAGGAAAGAUGAAAUGGCUAUUGAAUCGAGAAUUGGAAUACAUAGAAUUCUUUCCAAUUGAAUUCAUGAAUGACAAGCAUUUUGUAUUGAAUCACACUAAAAAGUUUGGAUACGGAUUAAGAUAUGCAUCACCAAAGCUGAAACAAGACAGAGAGCUUGUGCAUCAGGUUGUUCAAUUGAAUGGGUGUGAAUUACAUUUUGCCAGUAAUGAUAUUCGCAAUGAUAAAGAAGUGGUAUUGGAAGCUAUCAAAAUAUACGAACUUGCAUUAACAUUUGCUUCAAAUGAACUUAAACAGGACAAAAAAUUUCUGAUUGAAGCCGUUCGAUCGAAUGAAAAAUGUUUUCAUUAUAUAACAAAUAGAGUUUGCAAAGACAUGGAAUUUGCAUUAGAAGCAAUCAAACAAAAUAAGACAGCACUUCAAAGUACAUCUUGGGAGCUUUGCCAAAAUGAAGAAUUCAUGUUAAAAGCUAUCAAAUUACUCUUUCCAGAAUUCGAUCGUUUAGUUUCUUUUGGUCGUGCAAACAAAGGAAUCAUGAUGAAACUUGUUCAAGAACAUGGACGUUUGUUGCGAUUCAAAAUUGAUGGUAAUGCUCUUCGAUAUGCCUCUCAGGAUUUGCAGGAUGACAUACAAAUUGCAUUUCAUGCGAUCAAACAAAAUGGGAUGGCAUUGAAAUUUGUUUCGACUGCGUUGAAGAGAAUCAAAGGAAUUGUAUUGACUGCUGUGAACCAAAAUGGAUUUGCACUUAAUUAUGCAUCGAAAGAGUUGAAAAAUGAUCGAGAGGUGGUAAUGGCAGCAGUUAGAAAUGAAGAUUUUGCUCUUCAAUAUGCUGAUGAAAUGAUUACAAGAGAUCAAGAAAUUGUGAUUGAAUCGAUCAAACAAGGCAAUCUUGUUUUUGAAUUUAUUUCUAAUGAACUUUUUUGUGACAAGGAAUUCUUAUUGAGACUGACAAAGCUUGGAUGUUGGAAUAUUUUCAGAAAGGGGCUCCAAAAGAAAUUGUUGAAGAUAGAGAAUUUGUGUUAA